UGAUAGUGAACCACACCGCAAGAAAUUGGGGUUUGCGGCUGAAGCCUUGUUCUUUAGUGAAGAAGUCUUCCUGGGGCUUUCUACAUAAGCCCGCAAACUUCGUUUCUACCCCCAAAGUCUUUGAACACGCCUAUGCGCCCUGCUUGCUAUACUUUACUGCAACAAUCUGGUUCUAUUCUUAUUACUGCUCCCUCACAGAUCAUGGCCAAUGAAGAUCAGUCCCCUUAUUCGAACGAAGAGUAUACUGUGGGAUGGAUAUGUGCGCUGCCAGUGGAGUUCGCCGCGGCGAAAGGAAUGCUUGACGAGGAGCACGGCAAUCCGCAAAUGCCACCAUCCAAAGCUGACAGUAAUUCGUACUUGCUGGGGUCUAUCGGUAAAUUCAAAGUUGUUGUUGCUUGUCUGCCCCUUGAUCAACUGGGUGCCGCCUCUGCUGCUAUUUGUGCAAAGGAAAUGCUUUUCACUUUCCCAAAGAUCCGUGGACUUCUUGUUGGCAUUGGAGCCGGCAUUCCAGGCGUCGGCGACAGUCCUGAUAUUCAUUUGGGUGAUGUCGUGGUCAGCUCCAGUAAGGAAAGUAGAGGUGUCGUUGUCUAUGAUUUCGGGAGACAACUCGCGGAUGGGUCAGCUUAAUGGGAUUGGAAUUCUUAGGUUCUUACUUGCUAGACUGCACAUGGACGAUCUGAUGCCGCGAAUUACCAAAGCAAGCCUUAGGAGGGCUUUAAAUAAUUUGCCACAGGGUGCCAAUAAAUUGACGGUGACCUAUGAUCGGACUAUUGCCAAGAUUGAAGCUGAUCGGGG